CUCAUUUUGGUUUGAUUUCUGCCUUCUGUUUAGCCUCUCUGUUUGUCUGCCUCAGUACGUCAAUGUUUUAUCAUUUGAGAUAAACUCUCUGUUUCCCUUCAUAUGAAGGUGAUGUCUGUGGAGUGAUCUAUGUGGAGAUUGUGGGAAAUAUACAUGUAGCAGUAUUUCAAUAAGUGUCAGUCAGUCAAGAAGCAAAAGAAUAUUUAAACUAAAACACAUUAAAAGAAGUGUUUUGCUUGUAACUGCAUACGUGCCUGCACAGGGGCGGUUAGAACAGGAUGUACUCAGGAUGUGGCGUACAUGAUCACGGGCCUCAUAACGAACAACAGGAAACAGCUGGGGGUGAAAGGGUCUCGAAACAGCAUUCUAAGUGUUGUAAAAAUGAGAUGCAGCUAACUGUCGCUGAUGCAUGAUAUGUAACUUGCUCACGCAUCUUGGGCGUGUACAACCCUUUAAAUAAAGACGUUCUCGUCCUUCCUCUUUGAGAUCUACUGGACUACACUGAGGGUGGUAUCGUGUACGUCUCCCACAUAUGUGCUUAAUACAUAAUUGUUGUUGACUGGACCUGAUGAGAAAGAAGUGAAAGCAGGCCGAAACCUCAGCACAUGGAUAAUAUCAGCCAAAAACAUCCAGCACCAGCAAGUAAAGAUGAGCCAGCGGCGAUCCCUGUGGAAAAGACUUUUCCUGCUAUGAAGCAGCCCAGAAGACGCAAGCGCGCCAACAGGGAGGACAGAAGCUUGAGCUGUGAUCAGUGUGGGAAGACCUUUACUCAGAGAUUCAGCUUAAAAACACAUCAGGUCGUCCACACGAAAUUUAAAGCUUUCAACUGUGAUCAGUGUGGAAAGUCUUUUACUCAGAAAGGUCACUUAAAGAGACAUUAUAUGAUCCAUGUUGGAGGUAAAUCAUUUGUCUGUGAUCAGUGUGGAAAGUCUUUUCAGGAUAGAUAUCACUUAGAGAAACAUCAGGGCGUCCACAGUGAAGUUAAACCUUUUACCUGUGAUCAGUGUGGAAAUUCUUUUAUCGGGAUUGAUAGGUUAAAAAGACAUCAGCUCAUCCACAGUGGAGAGAAACCAUUCAGCUGUGAUCAGUGUGGAAAGUCUUUUACUCAGAUGGGCAAUUUAAAAACACAUCAGCUCAUCCACAGUGGAGAGAAAUCUUUCAGCUGCGAUCAGUGUGGAAAGUCUUUUGCUUACGUUAGUCACUUAAAAAGACAUCAGCUCAUCCACAGUGGUGCUAAACAAUUUGUAUGUGGUGACUGUGGAAAGGCUUUUACUCAAAAGACUGGCUUAAACUCACAUCAGCUCAUCCACUCUGGUGUUAAAUCAUUUGUAUGUGGUGACUGUGGAAAGGCUUUUAUUGAGAUUGAAAGCUUAAAAUCACAUCAGCUCACCCACUCUGGAGUUAAAACAUUUGUGUGUGGUCAGUGUGGAAAGUCUUUCUUCCAUAACAAACGUCUAUUGAGGCAUCAAAAGACCCACAAAGUGUCCUCCUGUGAGAAAAGGGCAGACCAAUGGGACAUUACCCUGACAGGGUUCAUUUGAACACAGUGGGAGAAACAGGGAUCUGAACAAAAGUUCUUCUGGAUGCUGCGUCAAACUUAAAAAGCUUGAGAUCAGGCUUCACAGAAUUCAGCUUUAAUUUCCUGAGAAAGUCAGAGCUUCACUAUGUCUUUGUAGAUCUAGUGAAAACAUGAAAGGGUGCAAAAGAGGCACUGUGGUACUGCAUGAUGAAGUCAGAAGUGACAGAGAAGUAUGUGAGCGUGGUUCAGGACAUGUAUGUGUGGUAGCAGUGACUACCACACAUACUUGGGUUGAAGGUGGGGGAGGAUUACUUCAAUUCUG